AUGAAGGACGGUACACUCAGCGGUGCCCGCUUCGACGGUGCUGCCGGCGGAAAUCACCACCGCCGCAGCUAUACCACCUUGCUUGGAAGCCCGAACGGAAAUGCCCAUCACGCCGGACCCGCAACUCACCAUACCCUCCAGCUGCACGGCGCCAUGAGCCCUCCUUCGGGUGCUUCAACACCAAAGGAUGCGUUUCGAGCCAACAGUACUUCGCCUUCACCGAGACCUUCAGCCACGGCUAGGUCGGCCUCACCCGCCUUCGUGUCGUUUGAUGCCACACCAUCCAACGAUCUAUCGUACCAUGUCCAGCAACAGAUGAUGGAUCGGUUUCCCUGGUCUGAUGGACAUGCUGCUACGGCGAUCCGAGGAUAG